GGAUGUUUUGCCUCUUUUGGAGAAAAUGGAGUGCAGAUUGGCUAUCUCAUCUGCAGGCGCGCCCCAAGUGGCGCCACGAAACUGACAAUCUUCAGCGUAACGACAUGAUCAUCAUCAAGGAUGAUCGAACUGGUCCUUCUGACUGGAAAUUAGGGCGAAUCAUCGACUUACAUCCUGGGGCCGAUGGGCUCGUUCGAGUAGCUACAAUUAAGACCUCAACGGGUAUUUACAAGAGGUCUGUGUCAAAGAUUUGUCGUUUGCCUUUGCCAAGAUUUACUGAAGAGUCUAGCCCAAAGUUAAGCAUGGUCUAAGGCUUUGAAUACUGGGUCCAGUAUUGGGGGCGGCAUG